AUUUACUUUAACGAAGAUCACCAUUGUAUCUUACAAGUAUGGCUCCUCGGAAUGAAGACGUACCCGAAAAUGCUCCCGAGCACUGCCCGGGAACAGGCAGCGAUCAGGCCGGCAAAGCUGCCUCAUGCGCCGGAUGUCCAAAUCAGGCAGCUUGCGCUACUGGACCCAAAGGACCUGAUCCAGCUAUUCCCUUGAUUAAUGAGCGAAUGUCGUCAGUCAAGCACAAGGUGCUGGUUUUGUCGGGAAAGGGCGGAGUGGGCAAAAGUACCUUCACAACAAACUUGGCGUUUGCUCUAUCUAUGGACGAAUCAAUUCAGGUCGGUAUUAUGGACAUUGAUAUCACAGGUCCAUCCAUGCCACGCAUGACCGGUCUGGAUGGAGAAACGAUACACCAAAGCAAUUCAGGAUGGUCGCCAGUAUACGUCAGCGACAAUUUGGGUGUUAUGUCGGUCGGAUUUAUGUUAGAAAACCCCGACGAUGCUGUCAUAUGGAGGGGACCAAAAAAGAACGGCAUUAUUAAGCAGUUCUUAAAAGAUGUCGAUUGGGGACAAUUGGACUUCCUUGUUGUGGACACCCCGCCUGGGACAUCCGAUGAGCAUCUCUCAGCCGUGCAAUAUCUCAAAGAAGCGGGUAUUGACGGAGCGGUUAUCAUCACAACACCACAAGAAAUGUCUCUUCAGGAUGUACGCAAGGAGAUCAACUUCUGCAAAAAGACCAAGAUUCCAAUCAUCGGUGUUGUGGAAAAUAUGAGCGGGUUCGUAUGCCCGGGAUGUAAGAAGGAGUCGGUCAUUUUUGCACCCAACACCGGGGGUGCUAGGCGCAUGGCAGAGGAAGUUGGUGUGCCAUUUUUGGGCUCGAUUCCUUUGGAUCCACGAAUUGGAAAAUCUUGCGAUUUGGGAGAAUCCUUUUUGGAUCUAUACCCGGACUCCCCUGCCCACACGGCGUAUCUCAGCGUAAUAGAGAAAAUUAAGGCAUAUGUAGCAGCGCAGGCAUGAUUGUAGCUAUUUCGCCAGUUACUUGUAGAUAGUGAUAUUGUAUAGAUUCAUUGUUAUAUGACAUGAUUUUGCAUUUGGA